GCGCCUCAUGCGCCUGGACAAGCCAAUAGGAACAUGGCUGCUGUACUUGCCUUGCACCUGGAGCAUUGGUUUGGCCGCUGAACCAGGCUGUUUUCCUGACUGGUACAUGCUGUCACUUUUUGGCACUGGAGCUAUUCUGAUGCGUGGAGCAGGCUGCACUAUUAAUGACAUGUGGGACCGUGACUUCGAUAAAAAGGUUAUGAGAACAGCAAAUCGCCCUAUUGCCGCUGGAGACAUUUCAACCUUCCAGUCCUUCGUCUUCCUUGGGGGACAGCUGACGUUGGCACUGGGAGUUCUCCUGUGCUUGAACUACUACAGUAUAGCCAUGGGCGCAGCAUCCUUACUUCUUGUCGUCACCUACCCACUAAUGAAAAGAAUCACGUUCUGGCCUCAGUUAGCCUUAGGGUUGACUUUUAAUUGGGGUGCAUUACUUGGAUGGUCUGCUAUCAAGGGCUCCUGUGACCCAGCUGUAUGCCUGCCUCUUUAUUUUUCUGGAGUUAUGUGGACACUGAUAUAUGAUACUAUUUAUGCCCAUCAGGACAAAAAAGAUGACGCUGUGAUUGGCCUGAAGUCCACAGCACUGCUGUUCAGGGAGAACACCAAGAAGUGGCUCAGUGGCUUUGGGGUGGCCAUGCUGGGAUAUACACUGUAGAUAUCCACAGACCAGAGGACUGCUGGGACAAGUUUACCUCCAACCGCACACUAGGAAUACUCUUGUUUUUAGGAAUCGUCCUUGGAAAUUUGUGGAAAGAAAAGAAAGAAGAAACAAAACAACCUGAAGAUGUUAGAAUGGAAAAUUAGCAAAUCAGCUGAACUUGGUGGUGCACUCAGGAAGCAUAGGCAGGAGAAUCGCUAGGUCAAAGCCAUUCAGUGACAGUGGGACCCUGUCUUGAAGAAGCAAAUGGCUUGAGUUGUAGCUCACAGGUAGAGUGCAUGCUGACUCACAGUGAAUUGUGCCCAAGACUCUGGGUUCCAUCCAAGCAAAUAAAGCCACUUAUAAAGCACUCGGGGCUAGAGACCACAUUGUUAGAUUUGUAUGAGCAAUCUGCUAAGAAGCAAGAGGUACAUGAGUAGAGUGUUUGUUGGACUUUUAAUGCAGUUGUUACCUAGCAAAAUGCCUCCCUGUCAUAGCAGCUAGGGACUCCUCCAUUAGGUAGGCUCCAGCUUAAAUUGAUGCAGCCUUGUGUCCUUGUCAUUUUCAUCUGAAGUUUCAGGAACUUUAGAAAAAAACAUUGAUGUGUAACUCAUGGAAAUGAAUGGCUCUUAUGAAAGUGACCAUAUGCUUUAUUUCUCAGUAAGACUCCUGUGAUCAGUUGGGGCACAUUAUUCUUUAUUGUGACCUCUACACACUGCCAAAGCUGUGACUCAAGAAGCCAUUCUGGUUGUGGAUGUUUUAGGAGAGUAUAAGCAAAUAAAUUGUUACCUAUUGUACCCUUG